UACAGGCAACACUCCUCGGCUAGUACGAGGCUGUUCUCUCGGUCAACUUCUAUGCCUCACUAUCCCCCACCUCGUUUCCCUCUUUCGCCCAAGGAGCAUGAUCUCAAGAAAAAAUUGCGAGCAUCGAGCCAGCUAGAGUCGUUCGACAGCAACUCGUGGUCGCUUGUCACUGUUCCAUACCCUUGUUACGAGGAUGAGACCCCAGUUCCCCUCGCUGAUCUGGAGCGAUACUCGAGGGAGCGAUGCUGGCCAGACGACAUGCGAUGCUUCUGCGACCUGCGAGGUCGCCAGUCUCGCCCACCUCGGGUCUUCGUUCCCCAAACUGGUCAGCAUGCAGGCUUCCCAUGCCUUGGCUGCCGAUCGUAUGGUCGGGUUACUGGGAAUUGCUCUUACUUUGUGAACAUAGCCGAGAUCGCUCGGUCGGCCGAUGUCGCAGCUCAAAAUCUCAUGCUCGGCAUGUUCCCGAGGCGAGUACACAAUGGGACCCUGCAAGGAGUGCCGAUGACCCCGAUGAGAGCUCAGAGCCCAGUUGCUCUUGUUGGGGUAGGAAUCCCCUCAAUCGGCUCCCUCUCGCCCCUGACACCUGUGUCGUCCAUACCCUCGGCACCAAGCUCUCCGACGAGAGCUGAAGGGCCCUAUCAGGUUUUCACUGUACCCGACAGCCAUGAUAUCGGCAUCGGGUUGCUGCAGCUGCCUGUACUGUCUCGGGAGGAUCUUUCCCAACCUCCUACUGAAGCUGAGAUCACAGAUACUCUUCUCAGUCUCCUCUCCCCAUCGUCUCCAGGGCUCAGCAUGGCCGACCUGGCUCGGGUGAUUGGCAAAUGCCGACUCUGCAACAAGUGCAUGGGUCGCAACAUCGUGUACCUGCAUCAAUGUGGGGGUUGGGUAGAUACGAUAGACGACUCGAUAAUGGAAUACUUAGGCCCUACUAGUAGCUCUAGUGGCGACGACACAAGCAAGGUCGAUCCCGAGGAUAUGCUCUUCGCUGGCAACAGCCAUGCUGGGCCUUCGUCUCCGAAAUCCCUCAAAGGGAAAGGCAAGGCGAAGGCGAUAGUCGGGCAGCAGCCUGACAUUGUGAUUGACCUCAGUGUCGCAGAGGAGGAAGUCUAUUAUGUCGUCCAGCCUGAUGUCGACAAUGAGGAUGCAACUGGCGAUGAUAAAGAACUCAGCGAAGACGACCCUGACGUUGCAGCCAGCAGGGCUACCUCGCGCGCUGCAUCCCACAAGGGCGCCCCCUCACCCGGCCUCACUGGCGACGAGAACGUAGACGAGUCCGGCGCCGAAGACGUGCCUGGCGCGUCCGCGGCACUCGAACCGGUGGAGCCACUGGACGGUGCACCCCCGGUACUGGACGGCAACGCCCCGCUCAUGGUCGUCGAUCAGCUUGUACCGCCGCCACCACUAGUUGCUCCCACAUCGCACAUGGCUGCGGCAUCCUCUAUCAUGGCUGGCUCGAUUGUUGUUGCGCCGCCCUCACACUCUCCCUUGUCCUCGUCCUCGGUGCCUGGCUCAACCACCAUCGUCUCGUCUAUUCCCUAG